GCGCCACUGCUUGGCGCAGGCGCAGUCGGGCUGGAGCAUGUGGCGGUUGCGCUGGCAGACGUUAGGCCUCGCGGCUGUGAGUCUCGGCUUGGCUUUGGAGACACUGGGCUUCCUGGUCGGUUGGCUGCGGCAGCAACGGCGACGGCGGCAUCGCCCCCCGCGGCGAGAGGUGCUCUUCUUCCCCUCACAGGUGACCUGUACCGAGGCCCUGCUGCAGGCCCAGCGACAGGGAGGCCCUCAGGGGGCGGCGCCGGCGCCCGCAGCUGCGGGGCCCGACUGCCGGAGGUCGCCUGGGGCGACGGCGGGCGCGGCCACUUCGGCCGCGGUCGCUGCGGCCCAGACUACUGUGUCGUCGGCAGCCUCGAGCUGCCUCUGUCCGCUCCCGCACGGGGAGAGCUCCCUGAGUCGCCUCCUGCAGUACGUGCUGUCAGCCCGCAGCAGCCUCGAGCUCUGCCUGUUCGCCUUCUCCAACCCGCAGCUGGGCCGUGCCGUGCAUUUGCUGCACCAGCAGGGCGUCCGCAUCCGCGUGGUCACCGACUGCGACUACAUGGCCCUCAAUGGCUCCCAGAUCGGCCGCCUCCGCAAAGCAGGUAUCCAGGUACGACAUGAUCAAGGUGCUGGUUACAUGCAUCACAAAUUUGCUAUUGUGGAUAAGAAGAUGCUUAUUACUGGCUCUCUCAACUGGACCACACAAGCUAUUCAGAAUAAUAGAGAGAAUGUUUUAAUUGUUGAGGAUGAAGAGUAUGUGAGACUUUUCUUGGAAGAAUUUGAACGUAUUUGGGAGGAGUUCAAUCCUGUAAACUAUACUUUUUUCCCUCAGAGAAAGUGAAGCAAAGUAAAACUAAAGCCCUACUCUGUUUUCCUUAGGGUUAUAGGUAAAACAAUUUACAGUGUGGGGUCCCUUGGACAAUUUGAAGAUAGACCUCUUAUCCUGAAUCCCAUGCUAUAGUAAGUUGUAUUAUGAUGAGGUUCCAUCUAACAUGUUCAUUGCUAUUCUGCAGUAGGAAAAACUUUAAUAGCAUUGAUUUUUUUGGAAACAAAGGAAAUGCCCAACAAUUUCUAACAUUUUAAUUCUUAUUUGUUUACAGAAAUCUAUUGAACUAUAUUUCUGUGUUCAAUUGGGAUUUUCUGUCUUCCCCUAUGAACAUACUUCUUUCCAUAUGAUUAGUUUGCUAAGCUCUGCUAAGAGUAUACCUCCAUGAUUGUACUCGAAGGUCAAUAGGCCUGAAUCCGAAGUAUGAAAAAGAACAAGAAGAGGAGAGAAAAAAGGUACAUAUGAUGAGCAAGUUUCUCCUUUUGGAUCGUCAUACUGCUUAUCCUUUGCUUACCACAACAGUCAUUCCGUAUGGUAGGGGAAAGAUAAUUAAGUGCAACCUUGCAAGAUAUAUUAUUAAAAUAUAUUUGUGUAUAAGCAAA